AUGGUGUUUACCAGAAGUGACAGCAUGGAUGAUAUGUUUAUACCUCUAGAUCUCUCAUGGCAUAACGCUCAAGGAAUAACAAAUCUACAUCAUUUUCAUUUGGAUUUCUUCUAUGCUAUCAUUGAUCUGCAAAUUCAAGAGUUGAAUGAUCGUUUCUCUGAGACAAAUAGCGACGUACUCUUUUGUAUUGCAUGCUUAUUCCGGAAAAUUCAUUUUUUACUUUCGACAAGGACAAGGUUACGGAGCAUUAAUGAUCUUGCGAAAAAGUUGGUAUUGACAAAAAAAAAGGAGGUAUAUCCAUUGAUUUACAAGCUUCUAACAUUGGCGUUAAUUCUUCCAGUUGGUACUGCUACGGUAGAGAGAGUAUUUUCUGCAAUGAAGAUUGUCAAGAAUCAACUACGUAAUCGGAUGUGA